UUAGUGGGCAGCGGAACGUCGAACAGCGCGCACGGCCGGCAAAUGAGGCACUUGCUCCGGAAUCGCAUUCGGUGUCGGGAAACGGCCGGAGAUGGCCAAAUGAAGUGAAGUGUGGUGCGCUUAAAAAUAAACAGGCACGCGAAACAAGUCGAGAAGUGGUUCUGUGAAGAUCAGCCGUAGCGGGUUGGAAAAAAUCUCGCGGAAAAUCUGUAAAAUAGCUUGAGGAAGGAAUUUCGUUGCGUGCGUUGAAUAACACUGAUAAAACAAUAUACAGAGCGCUCAAACAUAAAUAAUAUUCCACAUGCAUAGUUCGGAAAUACAUCAGCUGCUAAAAUAAACGGAUCGACCGAAACACCAACAAAAGCCAGCCGAUUCGCCGAUCGUUCCGUGCCCGCUCAUGACGUCACGGGUGAGCAUCUGGCAAGAAGCAUCACCAACUGCAGCGCAACGAACGGACAUAAUAAACAACGAUAGGUAGCCGGAAACCCUUCCAGUCGUCAUCGAUGCGAGUGUCUGACCAGACCCGAGCAUGUCCAGGCGAACGCCAGUGGAAGGCCAAUCGAAACCGGAACCGGAAUUAAAGCCGAAACGGAAGCGAGCCGCCAAGACAUGUCCUCGCGACGGAGCUCCUUCCGCCGGAGAGAGAAGCCGGCCUUCGAGCGCUUCAAGGACCACUGCCGCCACUUUACGGCGUUUAUGUUCAGCAACGUGGGCAUCAUCCUGCUGGUCACAUUAUACAUAAUCGGCGGAGCGUUCAUAUUCCAGGGCAUCGAGAUAUUCGAGUACGAAAGGCUGAAGUCGGAGAAACCGCAUCGAUUCAUCCCACGGAACUUAAGCGGGGAGUGCCUGACGCGUAUUUGGGAAAUCACUGCGCAGAACAUUAGCUUCUUUGACCACCAUGCCUACAGGAGGCGGGUUAACGAUGUGCUGCUGGAUUACCAGCGAGCCAUAGUGACGAAGCAGCUCAAGGGGCCCGACGUGGAGCAGUGGAGCUUCUCCGGCGCCUUCCUAUACUCGCUGACUGUGAUCACGACGAUCGGAUAUGGGAACAUAACGCCCCACUCCGAGUGGGGCAAGCUGGUGACCAUCCUUUAUGCGAUAAUCGGCAUGCCGCUGUUCCUGCUCUACCUGUCCAACAUUGGAGAUGUCCUGGCCAAGUCCUUCAAGUGGAUAUACUCCAAAGUGUGUCUGUGUCGCAUAUGCCCAGGCGUAGCCAAGCGCCGGAUUAUCCGCGAAAGACGAAAAAUGAGACAGUUGGCCAGAGCGCUCCAAAUGCAUGACAUGGAAAACGCCCGGGGCAGCAGUAGUUACACCAGCACUAGCAGCACUACCACUUCCAACAGCAGCAGUAGCGACUAUACCAGGAGCUCCCGGCAGAGUUCUAGCUUGGUAGAUAUUCCGUACAGUGACUCUGACUCGGAUAUUGAGCGAGAAAUACGAGGCAGCACGGACGAAAUUACAGUUCCAGUCACUGUCUGCAUAUUCGUUAUGGUCGGAUAUAUCCUCUGGGGAGCCCUGCUCUUCGGCCGUUGGGAGGACUGGAACUAUCUUGAUGGCAGCUACUUCUGUCUCAUUUCGCUUAGCAGCAUUGGAUUCGGGGAUCUGGUACCAGGUGAUCGGGUGAUCACUGCCGAUAGAGACAAAGUGGAGGUCAGCUUUAUUCUCUGCGCCAUCUAUCUGCUGCUUGGCAUGGCCGUGAUUGCCAUGUGCUUUAACCUGAUGCAGGAGCAGGUCGUCCAUAAUAUACGCGCUAUUAAGCGGGGAUUCAAGGCCUGCUUUCGGUGCCGGAGCUCUUAAAAGUUAUAAAGAAGUUUUGUCGUACAAAGUUAUAUUAUUAUUCACUGUUAA